UAAUACUCUUUAAUACUCUCAGAAGAAAAAGUGUAUGAGCGCGUGUCCCGAUACUUCUGUCGCUGUAGUGUGUGUUGCAGGGUUGGGCUGUGUUCUAAUCCGCGCUGCUGUAGGGGAGGCUGCAGUGAGCGCAGGGCGGAAAUAGGAUGCAGUUUGGGACGCAGCCGGGCUCAGUAUUGUCGCGGCAGUGUGACGCAUAGCUGGUGACGUGUAGUGUUGUGAGCUCGGGCAGCAUGGCGGUGGAUAUGACUGUGGUGUUCCGCGCGAGCGUUAAAACCGUCAAAACCCGCAACAAGGCGCUGGGGGUGGGGCCUGACAGCAGGGGGGAGGAGCUUCUGAAGAGAUCCAGAACCAGACCCGGGUUCUCCUGCAGAGCGAAGGAGGUGAUCUCCAACAUCACUAAACUGAAGGACUUUUUGCUGCAGCACAGGAAGGACUACGUCAAUGCCAGCAGUUUAAUUUCUGCAGAUGUAAAUCGUAUGACGGACAGCGAGAGAGACCAGAUCGAUCAGGACGCGCAGAUCUUCAUGAGAACGUGUUCAGAUGCCAUAAAACAGCUGAGAACUGAAGCUGAGAAGCCUGGGAUUUCUGCUCAGGUGAAGGAGCACCGGGGGGCGGUGUUGGACCUGAUAGAUUCUUACCUUAAAGGUGUGUGUAAGCUGUACUCUGAGCAGAGAGCUAUCCGUGUGAAGAGGGUGGUGGAUAAGAAGAGACUAUCUCGAUUAGAACCAGAGCAGAAGAGUAAAGUGGAAAAACCUCAGAGUGAAGAAGAAGAGAAAACCCCGCCCCUGGAGGAGAACACCGAGAAGCCAGCGUCUGAUGGAGGUGUGGAAUUGUGGGAGGACAGCAGAGUGGAGGAUGAGCUCUCACCAGAGGAGAUACAGAUGUUUGAGCAGGAGAAUCAGAGGCUGGUGAGUGAGAUGAACAGUCUGGUGGAUGAAGUCAGGCAGAUUGAGGGGAAGGUGGUGGAGAUUUCUCGGCUGCAGGAGAUUUUUGCUGAGAAGGUUCUGCAGCAGGAGACGGAGAUUGAUAAUAUUCAUCAGCUGGUUGUCGGGGCAACUGAAAACGUUAAAGAAGGAAAUGAGGACAUUCGAGAGGCGAUUAAGAAUAACGCAGGGUUUCGGGUGUGGAUCCUGUUCUUCUUGGUGAUGUGCUCGUUCUCCCUGCUGUUCCUCGACUGGUACGACAGCUGAAUCCCAGUUCUCCCAGUGAUCCCGGAACUGAGGUCAUCAGCCAGACCACUGGAUUCCACAGAGACUAUUUAUCAUUUCUGUAUAAUAAAACAAUUGUGCCCUGUAUACGAUCUGACCGAUCAAUCGGUUCAUAUUGAUGAUCAGCAGUUUUAUGGUUAUCAAUAAAAAUAUAUCACUAACAUCAGCCCACACCUAACCACAGCUUUAACACGAUAAUAACAAUGUUAUAAUUUAUAUUACGAGAAAUGAAGAAUAUGUAAAAUAUUAAAAAUAAGAGAAAAUAAACAAAGUUUUUGAGUAUUAAUAUAAUUACAUUCACUACAGAUACAGGGUUUAAUAUUAAAAUAAAUAUUACACAGUGUUUUAUAUAUGUAUACAAAACACAGAUGUUGAGAUUUAAUGUCUAUAAUUUUUAUAUCAGGUGGUCAUAAUUUAUUGGGUGAUAUUGGGUGUAGGAAUCUGAUGGAUUAUCACAGGAGGAACAUUAGAAAGUUCUACUACAUGCUGAGACGUCUGCAGUGUUACACAAACACUACUACUGUAUGUGUAGAUCAAUAAAUAUUACCCUGAAUAUCAGAA